AUGAUCAAGCCAACGGAUGAGCAGUUCUGGUCAGUGUUUCAGCAGGUCUUGUCAAUCCAUCCCACCGCGCAACUUUCUGAACUCGAUGGCGCUCUGACUCAGUCUCUCGACAUGAUGGGGUCCAACCUGGCUGGCCACCUAUCCGACGAAGAAUCCCUCCAUCAUGCGGUCUCGACCCUACUUCAUAGUCCCUUAUUCCUCAACCACAGUCAAAGAGUCACCAAUUCGAUCAUCCUCAUCCUAAUCGACCCAUCAACACCGCUCCCAUUAAUAUUCGUUGCAUGCCUCGUCCUCCUACUCAACGGCUUCGAAAAUUCCCUCUUUUUUCGCACCCUACGCACCAUCAACCUAUCUGCGCUGCACCUCACCGACUCAUCCUCUCCAAGCACUCACCUCAGCCCGUCUGCCGAACUCUCCCAGCUGAUCCCCGUCUUGCUUGCGAUCGGUACCCGAGUCGGAUUGGUCCCUUCGUCAUUCAUCAACCCUCUCUAUAACCAUUCGCAUUCAAAUCAGCAUCGUACAGAUACCAUCUCAGACUGCUCAUCUUCCAGCUCAGCCAACGAGAGGUAUGCCGAACGCAAAUUGGGACCUCUCCUUUCUGGAUUGCUUUAUGAGUUAUGUCGGGUACAAAAGCUAGAAGAUGGAACUCUGGGCUUGUUUUCGGAACAGCUGAUCGAUAAUCUAUUCCAAUUGGUUGAAUUAACUCGGGACCAAGAGGAUGAGACAUUCAAUUAUAAUCUUAUCAAGCUCAUCAUUGCUCUCAAUGAACAAUUCAUGCUAGCAGGCUUACACCACGAAUCAUCGCUGAAACCAAUUAAUAACACCCCUCGCCACCACCGACGCAAAAGUCAUCAUGCUUCAGAUGCAGAAAAUAACAUCAUAAUUCGCACAAUGAAGCUUCGUCUAGACGAGAGCAAAACGUUUGGCGAGAACCUAAUUUUUAUCCUCAACAGAGCAUCACAUUCCACCUCCGAAGGCUUAUGUGUAUCACUCUUAAUUCUCAAGAUUCUAUACCUGUUGUUUACAACCCCAGGAACUCAUGAGUAUUUCUAUACUAAUGACCUGUGCGUCUUAGUCGACAUCUUCAUCCGGGAAUUGUCAGAUCUUCCUGACGAGAGUAAUGAUCUUCGCCAUACUUACCUCAGAGUACUCCAUCCGCUUCUAACUCAUACUCAAUUACGUAGUUAUCCCUACAAGCGAGAACAAAUACGACAUGUACUCCUGUCGCAUAUCAAAUACGCCCACUUACAAGACGUCAACGCAACCACCAGAAGACUGGUAGAUAGGAAUCUACAAUCUGAAUGGUGUCUUGAGCUCGAAAGGACAACUGACUCCCUGAGGAGACCUGGAUUGGCAAAGCUCAGCUGCGAGCCCAUGCGAUCACUUAGUGUGGAGACUGUUGGGAGUCAAUUAAGUGGUGGUGGGAGUAUUGCAGAGGUGAUCACAUCAAAUUCAGGUAGCAUGCCCCAAUCUGGUUCAUCGACAGCAUUAGGGGGAUCUCAUCAAUCUUGCCCCACAUCACCAUCGCCCAAUCUUCAGUCCCAUAACACUGCCUUAUCCAAUCCCCACUCUAUUUCACAGGGGGUCCCUUCAUCGGUUGUCCUCAAUAGCCUCUCCCAGGCGUUUGUGCAGGUGGUCAUCGCUGAAUCUCAUGAAUCUUCUGAGGAUUCGCAACUCACCCGGCCCAUUCAGCCUAUCGCAUCAUCACCGUCGUCACCGAAGGCGAUUGAUAGACCGCCUUCAAUAGUUAGUACUCGGUCGACCAGUCCAAACUCCGAUAACUCCCGAAGACCUAGUUCAUCUUGUUCCAUGUCACACUCUCCUGCCCGACGGCCUGCCCCUAAACCCCCGACCUCAAAGCGCAAGGGACAGUCUAGUUCUCACCUAUCUCCUGACCCGAAUCCGGCCGGGCCAAGUUCUACUGGGAUUCCCGCAGCAAGACAGUAUGAGAACGAUCAGUAUUACGUGCCUGCUAGGCUGACAUCAACGGAAGGGGGAGAGUUGGAGGCAUACCGACGGGCAUCUGUACCCAUUCCGGACUCACUGAGCCCCUCGUCAUCACACCGGCCCAGUCCCCGUCCGCUGGAUAAGCCCCUCCGCCGAGCAGCGCCUUCCCCGCCCUUGCCACUCAGCCCAGCCCACCCUGACGAACCUAGACUGCAGCAGAGCAGCAGGAGGAGGAAAGCGCCCCUGCCGCCAACAGAGCCUUUCAGCAAACUCCGAUCUACUAAGAGUAGCAGCCAUCUGACUCCGCAUUCCUCUACUCCCAUCCCCUGCACACCCACUUGGAAAUCUGUACACGGUCGGGUUGUUUCUCUCUCCCGUGAUAAAACCGACUCCACCCUUGCCCCUUAUCCUGAUUCUCAUGUUGAUAAAAGUGAUAAUAACCCCUUUGGAGAAUAA